AUGUUUGCUCAUGCUCUGCGUGGAGUCGAGACCUAUUUCACCGUGGCCAUGGAGGACUCUUAUGAGUCCAAGAUAACCCACGAAGAUUUUGAGCCCGAGACCGUCUUCCACGAGAUUGCCACCCUCGCAAACCAGCUAUCCGAUUUAUUUAAAACCGAACUCACCCCUCGCCAAGAAGCGGGAUUUGAGAACCAUAUCCUGCACUCCCUUGCGUUGAUGGUGCAUGGCUCAAACAAAAUUGAGAAGGCUGGUAGUAGCUCAGAUAUCACUCUCGAGCUCUGUGUUGCGGUCUUCCGUGGCGAAGAAAUCCCCGAAGAGAUCGAAGAGCAAGACCAAGAGUACUUGCCUCUUAAGAAGAGUCUGAUCAGCCAACACCUUCCUGCAGACAUUUCGGAUGUCCUACGCAGUCGCCGAGAGGUUGUGCAACAUGCAAAAGCUGCAAAAUUUACGAUGGACCAGUUGUGCAUCCGUGGCCAGAAUCUUAGCGAACAAAUCAUCCUCGAAGCCCACCGGAUUCUGACCUAUAAAGUGGACGCCGAGACUACCCCCUGGAUGGAGUAUAGUGGUGUUUAUCGAUCACAUGAAGUUAGUGUGGGCCUACAUGCGUUCCCUCAUCCCUCACUGGUUCCAUCCAAAAUGCAGUCCAUGUUUUGCGAGCUUAAGCGCGAUUUGAAAGAAGUUACAAGAAAUGGGACGAUCGACCCUAUCGCCUUGGCUUCGAAGUAUGCACACAUUUUCGUGAAUAUCCAUCCAUUCAUUGACGGCAAUGGCCGAAUGUGCCGUUUGAUUCUCAACUCGAUCCUACUGAAAUUUGGGGCUUUCAUUGCUUGUAUCGGGGUAGACGAAGAUGACCGGUCAAUCUAUGGGGAUGUUGCUGUUAACGGAGGAGCUCUUGAAGAUUUGUAUGAAGAUGCCGAAGAAGAGGAAAAGCCUAAGUUGUAUAAAGAACUGGCUAGUUAUGUCUUGGCUCAUGUGAAGAAGAGUAUGACUGUGUUGGUUAGUGCUGUGGUCAAUGAAGUUUAG